CCGAUGAAGACACAAUUCCAUCAUGUGGACUGCGAAAGUGAUUUUAAUUUCCGUACUCAUCAGCGUUGUCGCGGCACAAUAUUGUUCAAAAUCAGUCUGGGAUCGGAAGAAAAAAACGAGCAGGGUGGUAAGGAUUUGUUGUCCAGGCUAUGAAAAAAAAGGGAGAAACCAAUGUGUUCCCCGAUGUGACACUCCUUGCGCCAACGGAGUCUGCACAAAGCCGAAUGAGUGCACCUGCAAAGACGGCUAUGUUAAAUUCAACCAAGAAAAAUUAAGCCGCUGUGUGCCUUUCUGUAAGGGAGGAUGCAGCCGCGGAACGUGCCAAGCUCCCAACAAUUGUGUCUGCAGAAAAGGAUAUACCCUUGACAAAAAAAGCGGAAGCUGCAUGCCACUCUGCCGCAGUAGCUGUCCCAACGGCAAGUGCUUGCUACCCAAUCAUUGCACUUGCAACAACGGGUUCAAGUUGAAUGAGACGACACAGGUAUGCUUCCCAGCCUGUAAAGAGGAUUGUGUCCGUGGCAAUGGCGUCUGUGCAUCUCCAGAUCGCUGUGAGUGCAAGGCGGGCUAUGAACCAAAACCAGGCUCCACUUCGUUCAUGUGCCAGCCCGUGUGCAAAAACAAAUGCGAUAAUGGCAUUUGUCGAGCGCCGGACGUUUGUGAAUGCAAACGGUUUUUCCACAAAGAUGCUGAUAAAAAAUGUGUGCCUAUUUGCGAUCCAGAUUGCAGGAAUGGCAAGUGCGUUAAGCCCUCAGUGUGCGAGUGCUUGCCGGGCUACAAGGCCAUCAGUCCAUUCGACUGCGAGCCAGUCUGUUCCACAGAUUGCAAGCACGGAUAUUGCAAAGAGCCAAACACAUGUGCUUGUGACAAGGGAUAUUCAAUGGAGAAUGGAUUGUGCACUCCAGUCUGCGAUGGUGGUUGCAAGAACGGAUUCUGUGAAUCUCCUGGAAAGUGUUCCUGCAACGAAGGAUACAGCAAGGAAUCUGAGAACAGCUGUGCCCCAAUUUGCGAAAAAGGCUGCAAGAACGGAUUCUGUGAAUCUCCUGGAAAGUGUUCCUGCAACGAAGGAUACAGCAAGGAAUCUGAGAAAAGCUGUGCACCAAUCUGCGAAAAAGGAUGUGCGAACGGAUUCUGUGAAUCUCCUGGAAAUUGUUCCUGCAACGAAGGAUUCAGCAAGGAAUCUGAGAACAGCUGUGCACCAAUCUGCGAAGAAGGAUGCAAGAACGGAUUCUGUGAAUCUCCUGGAAAUUGUUCCUGCAACAAAGGAUACAGCAAGGAAUCUGAGAACAGCUGUGCACCAAUCUGCGAAGAAGGAUGCAAGAACGGAUUCUGUGAAUCUCCUGGAAAGUGUUCCUGCAACAAAGGAUACAGCAAGGAAUCUGAGAACAGCUGUGCCCCAAUCUGCGAAAAAGGCUGCAAGAACGGAUUCUGUGAAUCUCCUGGAAAGUGUUAUUGCAACGAAGGAUACAGCAAGGAAUCUGAGGACAGCUGUGCCCCAAUCUGCGAAAAAGGAUGUGAGAACGGAUUCUGUGAAUCUCCUGGAAAUUGUUCCUGCAACGAAGGAUACAGCAAGGAAUCUGAGAACAGCUGUGCACCAAUCUGCGAAGAAGGAUGCAAGAACGGAUUCUGUGAAUCUCCUGGAAAGUGUUAUUGCAACGAAGGAUACAGCAAGGAAUCUGAGAACAGUUGUGCCCCAAUCUGCAAAGAAGGAUGCAAGAACGGAUUCUGUGAAUCUCCUGGAAAUUGUUCCUGCUACGAAGGAUACAGCAAGGAAUCUGAGAACAGCUGUGCAGCAAUCUGCGAAGAAGGAUGUAAGAACGGAUUCUGUGAAUCUCCUGGAAAUUGUUCCUGCAACGAAGGAUACAGCAAGGAAUCUGAGAACAGCUGUGCACCAAUCUGCGAAGAAGGAUGCAAGAACGGAUUCUGUGAAUCUCCUGGAAAGUGUUAUUGCAACGAAGGAUACAGCAAGGAAUCUGAGAACAGUUGUGCCCCAAUCUGCAAAGAAGGAUGCAAGAACGGAUUCUGUGAAUCUCCUGGAAAUUGUUCCUGCUACGAAGGAUACAGCAAGGAAUCUGAGAACAGCUGUGCAGCAAUCUGCGAAGAAGGAUGUAAGAACGGAUUCUGUGAAUCUCCUGGAAAGUGUAUCUGCAACGCAGGAUACAGUAAAGAAUCUGAGAACAGUUGUGCCCCAAUCUGCGAAGAAGAAUGCAAGAACGGAUUCUGUGAUUCUCCUGGAAAUUGUUCCUGCAACGAAGGAUACAGCAAGGAAUCUGAGAAAAGUUGUGCACCAAUCUGCGAAGAAGGAUGCAAGAACGGAUUCUGUGAAUCUCCUGGAAAGUGUUCCUGCAACGAAGGAUACAGCAAGGAAUCUGAGAACAGCUGUGCCCCAAUCUGCGAAAAAGGCUGCAAGAACGGAUUCUGUGAAUCUCCUGGAAAGUGUUCCUGCAACGAAGAAUACAGCAAGGAAUCUGAGGACAGCUGUGCCCCAAUCUGCGAAGAAGGAUGCAAGAACGGAUUCUGUGAAUCUCCUGGAAAGUGUUACUGCAACGAAGGAUACAGCAAGGAAUCUGAGAACAGCUGUGCCCCAAUCUGCGAAAAAGGCUGCAAGAACGGAUUCUGUGAAUCUCCUGGAAAGUGUUCCUGCAACGAAGGAUACAGCAAGGAAUCUGAGAACAGCUGUGCACCAAUCUGCGAAGAAGGAUGCAAGAACGGAUUCUGUGAAUCUCCUGGAAAGUGUUAUUGCAACGAAGGAUACAGCAAGGAAUCUGAGGACAGCUGUGCCCCAAUCUGCGAAAAAGGAUGUGGGAACGGAUUUUGUGAAUCUCCUGGAAAUUGUUCCUGCAACGAAGGAUACAGCAAGGAAUCUGAGAACAGCUGUGCACCAAUCUGCGAAGAAGGAUGCAAGAACGGAUUCUGUGAAUCUCCUGGAAAGUGUUAUUGCAACGAAGGAUACAGCAAGGAAUCUGAGAACAGUUGUGCCCCAAUCUGCAAAGAAGGAUGCAAGAACGGAUUCUGUGAAUCUCCUGGAAAUUGUUCCUGCUACGAAGGAUACAGCAAGGAAUCUGAGAACAGCUCUUGUGUGCCGGAGAAGGAAGCCUCCGAGGAACUCGUAGAUUUCUCUGAGAGUAGGUGUGAGGAGUACUGCUGGAAUGGAACCUGUCUAAGUGAGGAGUGCCAGUGUGGGGAAAGUUACAAGUUACAUAGAGACAUAGAAAACCCCGACCGAUUUUUAUGUCUGCCCAUUUGUGAGACGGAGUGCGUCAAUGGGUAUUGUGAGUCCCCAGAAGUAUGUGCUUGCUUCGAUGGCAGUACUCCUAUUUCUGGGUAUUUGUGUCAAUCAACUAAUCCACUAGACCCAUCUCUUCAAAACAGAAACCAAGAAAGUCACCUUAAGUGGCUGUUUAUCGCCAUUGUGAUAGUUUCAACCAGUAUGGCGCUGUUGAUCGCGUUGUUGAUGUGCUUGAUAUACAAGAAAAGGACAUAUCGAGUGGAUAAAAAUGAAAAACAAUUUGGUGUAUACUUUUCAGCCAACAAGGCGGAUAUUAUUCGUGCCUAAUGUUUACCUCCGAAACAAGAUUUCUUCCAAUAUUUUAGUAGAUUUUUUUGAAAUUAAUUAGCUUUAGGCAAAGAUACUU